AUGCCGGGAGACGGAAAGGACCGGAAGAGGGGCUAUAUCUUCCCCGGGACGCAAGAUGGCGACCUCCUUGGAUUGUAUGGGGGACAUACAGCUUGGAAGCUCAACCUUAUGGGAGGAUGUGACCACCACCAGGGUAUCAUACUUUACUGCUGUUGUGAGUGUGGAACACUCUUUCCUGACAUGAGUAUAUUUCAGAGCCACAAAAAAUUUCGCACAGGAGAGAAGCUAUGCUGCUGCCAUGAAUGUGGAAAACAAUUCUCUGACAGUUGUAAUCUUCAGAAACAUAUUAAAACUCACGCGGAACAGAAGGCAUAUUGCUGCUCUGAAUGUGGCAAAAUAUUUUCACAGAGAAGUGAUCUUCAGGACCACCAAAGAAUACACACAGGAGAGAAGCCAUAUCACUGUUCUGAAUGUGGUAAACAGUUUUCACAGAGAAGCUAUCUUCAGAUCCACCAGAAAAUUCACACUGGGGAGAAGCCAUAUUGCUGUUCUGAAUGUGGCAAAAAUUUUUUACGGAAAAGUCAGCUUCAAAGCCACCAAAGAAUUCACACAGGGGAGAAGCCAUAUGAUUGUUCUGAAUGUGGUAAACAGUUUUCACAGAGAAGCUAUCUUCAGAGCCACCAAAGAAUUCACACAGGGGAGAAGCCAUAUGAUUGUUCUGAAUGUGGUAAACAGUUUUCAGAAAGAAGCAAUUUUCUACGCCACAAACUAAUUCACACAGGACAGAAGCCAUUUGCCUGUUUUGAAUGUGGUAAACAGUUUUCAGAAAGAAGCAAUUUGCAACGCCACACAAUAAUUCACACAGGGCAGAAGCCACAUUGCUGUUCCGAAUGUGGCAAAAAGUUUUCACAUAAAAGCUAUCUUCAGAGCCACCAAUUAAGUCACAGAAUGGAGAAGCCAUAUGAGUGCUCUGAAUGUGGUAAAAAGUUCUCACAGAGUAGCACUCUUCGGAAACACCAAAGAAUCCACACGGGAAAGAAGUCCUAUUGCUGCCCUGAAUGUGGUAAAAAGUAUUCACAGAGAAGCCAUCUUCAGAGCCACCAAAGAAUUCACUCAGGGGAGGAGCCAUAUCGUUGUUCUGAAUGUGGUAAACAGUUUUUAGAAAAAAGAUAUUUUCAACGCCACAAAAAAAUUCACAAAGAAGAGAAGCCAUAUUGCUGUUCUGAAUGUGGCAAAACAUUUUCAUGGAAAAGGUAUCUUCAGAGCCACCAAAGAAUUCACACAGGGGAGAAGCCAUAUUACUGUUCUGAAUGUGGUAAACAGUUUUCAGAAAGAGGCAAUCUUCACCGCCACAUAACAAUUCACACAGGGCAGAAGCCAUAUUACUGUACUGAAUGUGGUAAACUGUUUUCAGAAAAAAGCAAUCUUCAACGCCACAUAACAAUUCACACAGGGCAGAAGCCAUAUUGCUGUUCUGAAUGUGACAAAAAGUUUUCACAGCGAGGCCAUCUUCAGAGACACCAAAGAACCCACACAGGGGAGAAGCCGUAUUGCUGCCCUGAAUGUGGAAAACUAUUCUCUUGCAAUAGUCACAUUUACAAUCACAGAAAGAUUCACAGUGGAGAGAAGCCAUAUUGCUGUUCUGAAUGUGGCAAACGAUUUACACAAAUGAGCAAUCUCUACUCCCACAAAAAACUUCACACUGGAGAGAAACCAUAUUGCUGUUCUGAAUGUGGCAAACGAUUUACACAAAUGAGCAAUCUCCGCUCCCACAAAAGACUUCACACUGGAGAGAAGCCAUAUUGCUGUUCUGAAUGUGGCAAGCAGUUCAGACACAAAAGAACCCUAUACAGACACAGAAUGAUUCACAGUGGAGAGAAGUCAUAUGGCUGUUCUGAAUGUGGCAAGCAGUUCAGACACAAAAUAAACCUUUAUAGACACAGAAUGAUUCACAGUGGAGAGAAGCCAUAUUGCUGUUCUGAAUGUGGCAAACGAUUUACACAAAUGAGCAGUCUCCACUCCCACACAAGACUUCACACUGGAGAGAAGCCAUAUAUUUGUUCUGAAUGUGGAAAAUCAUUCACCAGCAGUAGCGCUCAUCAAAAGCACAGAAAACGUCAUACUAAACUGAAGGGACAGUAG